AUGGCUGGGAACCAAGAUGUCGCGACUCCCAAGUUGGGUAGCGCAGACACGGAAGAGCAGAGACAAGCAGCCCAAUUGAUACAGCGCAAUUAUCGUGGAUAUAGAGAGCCGAAAUGGCGCAACGCGACCCGACCGAAGCCGCGCGCAGAAGAGGCUGCCUUGCGCGAUAAGCUCACAACGCCUGAGCAGCGCGACAGAGCCAGCUCCAUCGUUGCACGCGAAAAGUGGAAAAGAGUUGGCGAAAUUGCACGACGCGCGGGUGCCGACGACCCUCACGAUGCAUCGCUUUCGGAAGACGAGGAUGCUCCGGAAGAGCAAACCGAACAACGGCGCAAGCGGAGUGAGUCAAGGACUGAACGAGAGAAGACGGCGAAAAUGAUGGACCUGCAAUACUUCCUCGAGAUGGUGGACCAGAAGCAUAGAUAUGGUAGUAACUUGCGCGCAUAUCACGAGCAGUGGAAGAAGUCCGAUACACACGAGAACUUUUUCCAUUGGCUGGACAACGGCGAGGGAAGGAACUAUGAGCACCCAACUGUGUCGAGAUCAAGACUAGACACUGAAAGGGUGCGUUACCUGUCACGCGAGGAGCGCUUGAACUACCUGGUCACCAUCGACCAUGAAGGACGGCUAUGCUGGGCGAAGAAUGGAAACCGUAUAAAUACAACUCUCGAGUACAAAGACAGUAUCAACGGCAUCGUUCCAGUAGAUGACGAUACCCCGGCUUACGGCCCAAAAGCAAAACUUCACUCUGGACAGAGCAAGACCUUCCGGCGAAGCUCAAUGAUCUCGUUGAGUUCAAGCUCUUCAAUAUCCGAAAGUGAUGCGGAAGCAGAGGAGGCAGAGCACUAUGUGAAUGAGGAUCUUGACAAAGCUAAAGGUAUAUCGAAGCUCAAGCAUGUGUCAGCUGCAACCAUUCUAAAUCACUUACUGCGGAGCUCAGUGAAGCCAAACUCGUGGAUUUUUGUUGCCGACACAUCAUUUCGUCUGUACGUUGGAAUCAAGCAAUCUGGUGCUUUCCAACAUAGCUCUUUCCUCCAUGGCGCGCGUAUCUCUGCUGCAGGUCUGAUCAAAAUUAAAGAUGGGCAGCUACGUCGUUUAUCCCCCUUGUCAGGGCACUAUCGCCCCCCUACAAGAAAUUUCCGCGCCUUUGUGCACUCUAUGAAGGAGAACGGCGUAGACAUGUCGCGUGUCUCCAUCUCCCGAUCAUAUGCCGUCCUUGUUGGUCUUGAAGCUUACGUCAAAACACGCAAGAAGCUCAAGCAUGGGGUUGAGCAUGUCAAGGAGGCUGAAGAAAAGGUUGUGCACCCUGAAGAAUACGAGCGGAAGAUGGAAGCGCAAAAGGACAUGAGCCAAAGCGCACAAAGAGAGAGACAGCUUCUUGCAGAGGAAGCAGAGAAACGAGAGGCCGAGAAGAAGCAGUCCAGCUUCGGUCGGCGGAUCUGGAAACGGCUUAGUCGAGGCGGAAGUGAGAAAGACGACCUCGCUCCAAUUGAACGGGAGGCGGCCAAGCAGAAGAGGAAGAAGUGGUUGAGCAAGUCAGGGGAAGACGUCGAAGAUGGCAUCGCGCCAGCGGGGCAUCGAGAUUCGAUAGGAAAGACGGAGGCUGCCCCUGCGUCGUGA